AUGGCGUCCAAGUACGCGAAGCCGAUGCAGAUCCCUGUCGACUUCCCUGACGUCUUGCGCAACUUCACGCGCGAGGUGCUCCGGCAGCAAGGCAAAGUCGAGACAAAGGAAGCGAUCUACGCUUUCGGGUCGCAGUACUUCAAAGAGCUCGCCGCGAAGCAGGGUGGAGCCAACAAAGCGGCCGAUGAGGCAGCGAUGAGCGCGUUGACGCCAACGUACAUAAAGAUGGAAGAGGAAGCCGUGAAGGAGGUUUUGGUGGUUGCAUUCAACGACGCACAGCAGCAGGACGGAGGCAUGGUCGUCUACGAGCAGUUCAAACAGAUACUCGACGGAGUUGGCGAGCAGUUGCAGCUCUCUGCUACUGAGUUGAAGGCGCUGUACGCCGAAGCGGAUGAAAACGAAGGAGGGGUCGUCAGCUGUGCAGACUUCUUGCCUCUAGGCAUCCAGGCACUACUACAGCUCCGUGCCACUCAUACGCAGCGCCUUGCUCGUAUCGAAUCGUUCAGAAAGCGUGAGGCCGAGGUUUUCUUCCAUGGAAUGAUGCAGGACGAGAUGGAGAGUAUUUUGCGCGAAACCUUUCAGCGUGCCGAUAAAGAUGAGGUCGGUGCUCUUACUCGGUUGGCAUUCAUGGACGCGAUCCGAGAUGCCGAUCUAGGGCUGACGCGGCGUGAAGUGAACAUCCUCAUGUCUGAAGCUCCCGUCGCGGAGGAUGACCCGAAUAUCGUCGUUUAUCCCGAUUUUGUCCCAAUCUGCUUCCCCGUGCUGAAAGACGCCUACGUCCAAGGUAUCUUGGAGGCACACAGCAAUCCGGACUGGAUCGCACAGUAUCUCAUGGAAGUAUUUGCGAGUGGAGACAGCGAAAACACUGGGCUGCUUACGGUCGCAGAGAUCGCUCGCCUCUUUCGUGCCGCUGACGUCGGUCUCACGCGGCUGCAGAUCAUCGCCGUUAUGGCUGAAGCUCAGGAAGAUAACACGGGCUUCGUCAACUACGAGAGGUUCGCAGCCCAGAUAUCGGGAAUGGUGCUGGCGCUGACCAAUGUCGACAGUCAACAAAACUAUGCUUCCUACCUGCAGCGGUAUCGCAAAACGAGCGAGUACUACACCGUCUUGGAGCUGAAUCAGCACACGUUCGAGCAAGCACUCUCACGCGCGUUAGAAGCCGUCGAUGAAAGCCACCGGGGGGUCCUCGUGCGGGAUGAAGUCGUGGGGGCCAUCCGAAGUGCCUUCCCGGAGAUAACCGAUCGUCAGUUGCGAUCGUUGAUGGCACUUUCAGAUCCGGACGAGAUGGGCGAGCUGGAUUACAACCUCAUCACACUCUCCGCCUUCCAAGCGCUGCAAAAGCUGCAGGAGUAUGACGUGAUGGUUGCUGAAUCUUAA